GGAAAUCAGUUUUCGUUUUUCCGCACUCACAUAACGGUGUAAGGAGAUAUAUGUAUGUGAUUUUGUGCGUAAAUUUGGAGUUUCCUAUCACCAUAUAGCAAUCAAACAUGAAUAAUAGUAGAUUGCUUGUUACGGUGUAGGUAACGUUUUAACAUUGAACGUGUUGGCAAAAUUCGUAUUGUGAGCGAUAAAUAUUAUCAUACCUUAACUACCGACAAAUAUUUUCAAAAAAAACCCCACAUAGGUCCGUACAAAUUGUUUUAUUCAUGUUAGAAAAUGCAUAGAUAUGUAUAUUUUAUCAAGGAAGUGACUUUAACAUUUAACAUUACAUUCUGAAUCGAUUUGAAAUCUAACAUAUAGAACACAUUGUAAAGGUCUUUAUCGUUCGAUUUGUUUAACAAGUACACUUAGGUUUUAAAGCUGUCUACAAUUUCCUUUGUUGAGAUUAUUCACAUAUAUAAUAUUACUUCUCACUCGUUUCUCUUUUUUUUUAAUUCAAAAUAAAAUCAAACGUUUUCGUUUUAAUAACAACUGACUGACACGUUACAUCGUAAAUCAGAAACGUUUAAAUGUAUUUUUUUAGAAAUAUAUUGUGGACUUUCUUUGAGAUAGUGUAAGACAUAGAUAAUGCUUGUGAAUAUUUUGGUAUUUCAUGCGGAGAUGGCGAGUUUCAUAAACACACACAACUGAAAGGAGGAAGAAAUAAAUGAUCAACAGGCUUAUUGAAGUAAUUAAGAUAAUAUAAAUGGAAUAUAUGUAGGUAAAUGUAAGACUUUCUUCAAAAUGCAGUUUCAAAUCGAAGAUGUAAGUUACAGCAUUGGAAGAUUUUUUGACUUAUACCAAAAUAAACUCCCUGUGGUAGUUAUGGUAACACAAGGUUUUUGUGGAGACAUUAUCGAGGACACUUUCGAUCGAGAACAGGUAAUGUUGAUAAACGCGGUAUCUAGACAGAAGCGUGUGGUUGCAGAAAGCACAUUGCAGGGUAUGCAAAAACUGUUGAGUAUCCCCGAGGACUACAGUAAAAAAUUAUGCGUGAUUAAAAAUGGGAUAGCCGGAGCAGAGACUUCUUUUUACAACAUACUACGAUCUAACAGAUUGCCAUUAUUGGUACAGUUUCCAGCUGACCGUGUGCUUACAGUUUGUAACAAGAGCAUCAAUACAAACGACAUACCUGCCUGGAAACUCACAAAACGUUUUGACGAAGUCUAUUUACUUUCCAACACUAUCAUAGACGGUCAAGUUUGUUCAGAUGUGACUCAUGUACCCUUAUACCUGUCACAACUUAGACUCUCGUUGGUAACUGGGCUCAAAGGUCAAUCUGUUGAUAGAUGGAGAGUGUACUUCGACAAUUUGCUGUACAAAUGCUCAUCUAUUGAAUAUGAUCAGCAUUUUGGAAAUCCCAAUAUUGCGGAAUAUGACCCGACGACUAUACAUUCCACUACGAAGAUGUCAUACUCUGAACCUAAAUCGUAUUCAAGCAUCAUAAGCUUAGUUGAAGGUCCGCCUUUAAAAUCCCGUCCACAUCUUCAUGUCCCACUGAGAAGUGAUCGAAAGUCAGAUAAAGAUACCAAAUUUGCCACUCACGCAAGACCUUUACCACCUUUACCGGAAGAUGUACCUAAAUCUAAUUCGCAGAUAAAACGAGAUUCGGAUACAACAGAAUUAUCCGAAAAAGUGAGCAAUAUGUACAUUACACCUACAUACAAUACACAGUCUGAUUUAAACAAAUCGUCUUAUUUUGAUGUUCCGCAAAAAUCUUCACUCGAACCACUUUAUGAUCGGAGAGAAGAAAAAGACGAAAUUAAAUCGGCCGUUGGCAAGGCACCAACGCCUGCACCAAGAUUUGGUUUUCCUAAAUCUGCUCAAUUCACAUAUAUUCCAACACCAGAUUAUCCUGAUGAAAAACAAAGUUGUAGCGCUCAACAUUCAUCCCGUCAGAAAACAGAAGUAAAUUCAAAAUAUAACAACGAUAUUCCUAGAGCAACAUUAACUCCAACAAUUGUCAGUCACGAAACAUAUCCACAGGAACCACCCCGAGUUCCCACAUCAGAAAGAGCGAAUAGAAAAUUGAAAUACGGACAUUCUAAGAAUACAGUUAUGAAUGUUGAAAGUCUUUCUAUUCAUGAAGUGACUGAAUACCUAAAAGUUCUAAACCUUGGUCAAUAUGCUGAGACGUUUAGAAACAAUAUGAUUGAUGGCAUGAUACUGAUAGGUCUCUCGGAGAAGAUGUUACGAGAAGACUUUGGCAUGAAUGGAGUAGAGGCCUUUAGACUUUUAAAAUUUGCCAGAGAAGGAUAUAUACCCACUUGAGAAAUAUAUAUCGAAUACAUUCGAAGAAUUGUGGUCAAAAUAAAAAGUGUUUGUCAGACCAAGAUUGGCAAAUUUAUUAAACUUGGUUUACAAAUACUGCAAAUCAAUUUGGAAUUAAAGUUUAGUUUAAAAGCCCGGAUAUUACCUGCACAAUCGAAAACUUCAUAAAAAUGUAACUUACAUGUAUACAAUUGAGUAGGGUUAAGAUAUGAUUUUUAAACUAUGUCAAUAAUAAUACAAUGUAGUAGGUAUUAUUUCAAAGCGAAUUAUCUCUCUUUCCUUAAAGCUUUAACACUUAAAUUGGAAAUUAUAACUAAAUUCAUUUAUAAUCUGACUUUUAGUUAAUAUGAAUGUUUCAAUCUACAUAGAGGUAGCAAGAACUAGACAAAAAGUCUAAAACAAGAUAAAAUAAAGAUCUUAAUAAUUUCGAGCAAUGGAAUUUUAUGAGAACAGUCAAAAAUAUAAAAUCAAUCAUGAAAUCACGAAAUAUUUUUGCUUUAUUUACAUUCAUUGUUGUCCUGAAAAUUAAUUGUUUAUUUUAUUAAUAGCGAACACCAACUUAAGUUGAGAGAAAUUUAUUACAUACUUUGGUAUCAUUUUUAUCAAUAUGGAAAAAGGUAUUUGUGCCGAAAUAAAUCCCAUCAAACAAUGUUUAGACUGCUACAAAUACAUCAUUUACAUAAUUAUCUUUAUUAUACGCGUACGUUUAUUGAAUCAGAAUAUCCCGUUUUAUUAUGGUUGUUUAUAAACGUAUAAAUAUCUCUUGUAUUUUUUUUUUAAUUUAAAGAAGUUUGAUUACAUUAUGUCAUAUUGGAAUAAAACUUAGUAUGUUUUCUAUGUUGUCUAGAGUAUAGGAAUACAUUACGCAUUUAUGUGAUAUAUGUGUAUUUCAUUUUUCAAGUGACAUAUUUUAUGUUUCAUU